AUGCAUCGUUGCAUUGUUCCAGGCGCCAGGGACGACGGUUUUUCACUUUUUGUGACCGGACCUCAUGUACACCGAAUAACUGAAAUGGGAGUGGGAAUGGAAAGGGAGGGCGAGCGCAUUCCAGGAAAGCCGAUUAAGGUGGACCGAGUAGACGAGAUGUUGAAGAGGAGAGUUUCAAGCAAGUGUAGUUUCAAAGACUUAUCACGGUGUAGCGUGCUCUUGCCGGGUUCUAGAGGAAAGGCAUCUUUGGAAAUCUAUUAA